AUGACUAUCCAAGAGUUUGAGCGGCUUCUUCCGAAAAGAAUCACCGCUAGUCUCCAGAAGAUGGCCAGCUCAAAAGAACUUCCUAUUUUCGAGGAAACAAACACUGAGGACCUCAUUGAUCGACUCGUUGAGUACACCGGCGAAAAAAGGGACGGAGACCAAUUACAAAGAUCAGUCAACAAGUUCAAUCAUCCGCCAACGUCUGAUGGGCAAAAUGGUUGGAAAGUCCAUGGUCUGGACAUAAGUCUUAAACCUCACCAAGUGCUGGUUACCGCAUGGAUGCGAACACGAGAGCGAUCUAUGACCAAUGGUGGAAUGCUGUGCGACUCCAUGGGACUAGGUAAGACCGUGGACGCCAUGGCAAAUAUCAUGGAUGAUCGAACUUUCCUUCGGAAAAGAUCACCCAGGAGUACCCUUAUCGUUGCUCCUGCUGGUCUGUUGCAUCACUGGUACGAUCAUCUCACCACGCAUUGCGAUCCUGAAAUUACCGGUGGGGUGCUUCUUUUCAAACCCAGUCACAAGCUUCCGGUGGAUGUCGUAUCCAUGCAAGGCAUCGUACUUGCCUCUUAUUCGCAAGUACGGAGCUCAUACCCAUUACCUGCCGUCGCACCAAAAGGUCUUUCGACUGAGGCGAUCGAAGUCGCUCGCGGAAUACAAAGCAGUAGAAUGGGAACUUUACACAAAGUGGAAUGGUAUCGGAUCAUUCUUGACGAGGCUCAUGAGAUUAAGAAUCCGGAAUCGAAAACCUCACUCGCAGCUCGCAAAUUGAUCGGAAAGAAACGAUGGAUUAUCACAGGAACACCCCUCCACAACAAAAUCGAUGAACUAUUCCCGUACUUCGAGUUCCUCCGAAUUGCAGGUUGCAUGACAAUGGGGGAUUUUGAAAAGAACUAUACCAGUGAUGAAAAAGCUUCAGACUCCCUUUUUGAGCUUCUCGCUCUGAUUCUUCAUCGGAAUACCUACGAGACAAAGCUCUUCGGUCACCCAAUUGUUAAACUGCCAGGGGUUGAUCCCAAGACCGUCUAUGUCAACCCGUAUGAGCCGGAAGCCCUUCUUUAUAAACGGAUAGGCUCGAGCUGGAUCCAGAAAAUAAAUACAAAGCAAGCCCGAGAGGAGGCAUCUAUUCAGUGGGGUUUAAUCUUCGCAAUGUUCCUGGCGCUACGUAUGGCAUCCAGUCAUAUUCUCACACUUUGGCAGAGUUACGAAAAAGAAAACUACAUCGAUGGAAAGCUGCUGCUCAAUACAGGGCUUCUAGAUCGAUUCCGAUGUAUUGCCAAGUGCCAAGAGGACCAUCAAACAGACUCAGCGCGCAUCAUCUCGUCUACCUUGACGAUGGAAAAGUUCGUAAUGGUUCCAACCGCCUCUUUGGAAGAUCCUCAUAGAAUCAGAGCCACCGAUUCCGAGAAAGCAGGGAAUAUCAUUCAGGGGUUCCGGAGGAAGAUGCUCCAAUUACGCAAUAUGAACGAGUGGACAGAACGCUACGCGAGGGUUCAUUGUCCCGUCUGCCGUCACCCACCACACCGUGGUUUCAUUACCUCUUGCCAUCACUUGUACUGCGAGGAAUGCUUUUACGGUCUCACUGUGAACGAGGGUAACGAAAUAGCUACGCCAAAUUGUCGAGCGUGCAAGACACCUAUCGAAGGAUAUGCUUCUUCUGAGCAGGUAGACAAGGAAAUCAGCCUAAUUCCUUUAGCUCAAAAGCGCAAGAAGAGUGCCGGGGAUCAAGAUCAAACCAAAGAAGGCAAACAGAAAGCGGAGAACAGGAAAGAAUAUCAUCCGCUGCCUUUUAGCGUUGGUGAGGAUGAUACUUCCGACGAUUCUCCCUCUUGUGGCGAUGAAAAGGACUGGAUCAAAGUCCUUGGACCCCAGGUCCCUAGCUCGAAACUUAACAAAGUCUCCGAAAUCAUCAAAUGCUGGAUGAAGGAUAGAAGCAACAAAAUUGUGGUGUUCACUCUUUUCUUGAACACUCUCAAGAUACUUGAGCAAAUUUGCAAGCGGGAGGGUUGGAAUUUCGUCAAGCUUUCCGGAAACGUUUCUCAUGCCACUCGCAACAGCAACCUCAAGAAUUUCCGCGAGAGCAGCGAAGUAAAUAUUCUUCUAGCAACUCUUCGGACCGGUGGAACUGGCUUGGAUCUCUCAUGCGCGAACAAGUGCAUUCUUAUUGACCUUUGGUGGAACGAAGCCAUAGAAGAUCAGGCCCAAAGUCGCUUGAUUCGCAUUGGCCAGAAGAGAACAGUCGAGACCGUCCGUGUUGUCACUAAAGGUUCUCUCGACGACAGAAUGCUUGAGAUACAAGAGCGAAAAACCCGAGAAAUUGAUCAAUACAUGGGCUCUUCGGCUACGACGGAACGCAGCUUAGUAAAAGAGCUUUUAGAAAUAUUUGGCGAUGUUCGAGACGAUGGAAAGAAUUUCAUUAUCAUUGAAACCAAGAGUGACAACAAGGAUAUGACCAGUGCAGAGGAAAGGGAGAAAGCUGGUGAGGCGCCUCAGCACGAAGAAGCGAAUUUCUUGAACAACGACGAACAAAGUGAAGAUACAGAUGUCCCAGGCCAUCAGAAUAACAAGAACCAGCCAGAUAUCCUUGAAGCGACUGAAUGA